AUGGACGACUACAUGUUUCGGUUUUAUGUGGAUGAGUGCAGGGCUGUUGAGGAGGCGACGAGUUAUGUGGAAAUAUUCAAUUAUUCGGAUCCCUUUUACAACUCCUGUGAGGAGCAUGCGCUUACGGAUGAUGAGUUUGGCAAUUUCUUGCGUCGACGGGGUGCGUUUGCUCCGCCAGACAACUUGCGCGAGGGGACGAAGUUGCUGAGUGGGAUUCGGUUGAUAGUGCAAAAGAAUGCCAAGGACAAGGAUACGUUUAUGCCCAAGGUUAUUUCUCUACCAAAGGACUCGUAUGCAGCUAUGGUUCGGGAAAUGAAGCUGCCGUUUAGAGGGAUCGAAACGACAUCUGUAGUAGGGCCAUUUUUCUGGUCCUCCUUUGACCAAGACGAUGAUGAUCCUCACCUACAAAUCAUCCACCGUAAAUCAGACGUACGCAAAAAAGGCAAAACCCGCGGCUGGGAAAUGAUGCUCUCGCACUCUUUCAAAACAAACAUCACAACAGGAUAUCUCAAAGGCACGCCCUCGUCAGACAUCGUCUCCGCACUACAGCACCUCCGUGCUUGUUCCGGACAAAUCGGCCAUCCUAUGCUCUUACCCGUCAUCAUCCUCUCGUACGACUUGUCGCCCGCGAAUGAUCAGAAGCAGAGGGACGCGCGAGACUGGCUGCGUCGUCUGGAGAACGCAGUGUCAUUGAGGAAUGAAGUCGAAGAGCACGAGCAGUAUUUCCAGGAUGGACUGCUGGAAGUAGAUGGCUUGAAUCGCGAUCUGGUCGAGUGCCAUGGCCACGUUAUGUGGAAAAGACCGCAGGCGUAUCUAGCACUGGCGGAGGAGAUGGAGAAGGCCAUGGAGCGAUAUCGUGAGCAGUCGGCGGUUUUUCAAACCAGGAAGCUUUCUAUGAAUGGUGUUCAUGAGGUGGUAGCGGAUGCGGAGAAACAGCAUUUCAAGGAGGUGGACAAGUUGCAUAGAAGCAUGUCCGCACGACUGGAGUUUUAUAAAGCUAAGCUGAAGGGUCUGGAGAAUUACAUCCACACCACCCUGGAGAGGUUGAAGGUGCAGCGGGAAGCUUUAUACAACAUCAUGUCCCAGCGCGAAGCGAGACUCAACCUCGAAAUCGCCGGAGAACAGCGCCGCAUCGCCCACGCCAGUAAACGCGACAGCACGGCCAUGAAGACCAUUUCCCUCAUGGGCACGCUCUUCCUGCCAGGGACGUAUCUCGCGUCCGUGUUCAGCAUGACAUUUUUCAACUUCCAAGAGACUGCGAAACCCGUCUCCGUCGAUUUAUGGAUCUAUUUUGCCGUCACUGUGCCCAUCACGGCUGCCAUUGUAGGUAUAUGGGUGUGGUUCGAUCGCCGGCGCGAGGCGCAGUAUGCGAAAGAUGAUGAGGAUCUGGAGCAGAAUAUCGACAAGAUGGAGAAGGAUAUCAUGUUCCAUCUGAGAAAGAGGACGAUGAGUAAGGCUCAUACUUGGAAUUCACUUAGUUCGCCGCCUCGACCUUGA